UUUUAGCUAUUUAACUCUUAAAAAAUAAUAGUGCGAAUUUGUUUAAAUAACUCGCAUAUUCAUAAUUUAUUUCAAUUUGAGAUCAAUAAGUUUUUAGUUUUAAACAUUUUUUUAUAAGUAGUUUGAAUUAUAUUGAACAAAUAAAUGAUACUACAUAAAAUAAAUAAUAUAAAAUGAGUUUUAAACAGUUACUGCAGUUUUGUCAAGUGAAUUGAUCACUUUUCUUGUCAUGCUACGGUAUAUUAUUUUUAUUACGACACUCUGUGCCCCUGAUAUUUUUUGUAGCUUUUGUGUAAUUAGUACUGAUGAUUUACCAAGCAGAAAUGAGUUGAUGAAUACAUAUGGACGAAUGCUCCGUUCUUUAGAUACUGGCUACAAAUCAUUAGAUAAACCGACAUCGUUGACUUCUGUUUCGAGGGUCAUAUUAGCACAAAAAAUAGAUUCCAUGUAUAUAAACUUAAAUUGUAGUUUUGCUUAUUACGGUAUUCAUCUGGCUAGACUGAUGAAGUAUUGUGAAGUCAAAGGAGACUAUACGAUUGGAAAUGACGUUUACUCAUUUGUUGACAACACUCACGCACUGAUAAACAGCGCAAUAAGAGUACCAAAUUUAAGGAAACGAAUGUAUCAGAUAUGGUUAAUUCACUCGUACGCCAAGUAUUUAUCGGUUAUGGCACUGCGGCCAGAACAAUACCCGUCAGUUAUGAAGGCUCACGCUUUAGUCGAUAAAACUCUGACCGAUUUUGCUACAAGUUGUGAAAAGGGAAAUGAAUAUAAUGACGAAGACAAGUUUACCAAAUAUUACGUAAAAAUAAGUGAAAAAACAAAAAAUAUUAAAAAUAUUUGCAAACUCGCAGAUAAAGAUAAACAGUUUAUUAUUAAUCAAAUUAAGAAAUUUAAUGUGUUCAACAACCCUGAAAAUUAUAACUAUCCUAAAUAUAAAGAUGUACUCCAUAUAGAAAACUUUAAAAGUGACGAUAAACAUCUUGGUGUAAUUCUUGGAUUGCAUGACUGGAAUGUAGUAUUUAAAAAAAUGGUUAGAGAUUAUGAAGCUACUAUCAUUGGUGAUAUUUCUAUGUAUGAAUGGAUUUCUCGAUUAGGAUACUUUCAUCAAAGGUUUACACUGUUUUUGAAAAUAAUAGUGUAUCGGUUAAUUUUCCAUUAUUUAAAAUAUAUGAAAGAUGACUCAAUUUUAUGUAUUAUCUUGGAUCGUUUGAAGCAGCCCAUCGAAGAGGCAAUAGAUUCAUACCAUUCUAGCUUUAAAGACAUUUCCGAGCAAUUUAAACUCUAUAUGAAGGAUUUCUUUGGCGAAGAGAUUAAGCUAAAGGAGGAAAAAGAAAAUAUUGUAUCUUUAUACAAUUUGAUGGAUAAAGAUACACAGGACAUAUUAAGUAGUUUUAUCAAUCGAAAUAAAGAAAUUCCCGGCUACAUUUAUUAUUUUGUUUGUUUCAAUGCACUUGUUUCUUACGCUAACUUAGCUUUUUUAGAUAUUGAUUUUAAAAUUAUUAAUUCAUUUAUUGAGUAUUCAGUUGAUUUAUCUAAGAAUAAAAUAUCAAACCAAUUAAAUGAUUAUUUAAAUAUAGUUUAAAUUUUUUUCCUCAUAUUCCUUAAGACAAUUAUUUAAUAAAAUAAAGUUCUAGUAGUUCA